AUGUUGCCCAACCGUGCGGGGCAGUGCGGGGCAGCAGGGCGUGCGGGGCACGCAGGUAGUAGGGCGCGUGGGGCGCGCGGGGAGCAGGGCUCGUGGGGCGCGCAGGGCAGCAGGGCACGCGGGGCGCGUGGGGCAGCUGGGCGCGCAGGGCGCGCUGGGCAGCAAUGCGUGCGGGGCACGCGGGCAGCAGGGCGACGCGGGCUGCAGGGCGCGCGGGCUGCAGGGCGUGCGGGCUGCAGGGCGCACGCAGGGCGCAGGGCAGCAGAAGCGCGCGGGGCGCGGGCGGCAAAGCGCGCGGGCAGGUUGCGGGUAGCGCGGGGAGCUGCGCACGCGGGUGUGCGCACAGACACGUAUGCAGUAUGCGCAGACACGUAUGCGGUAUGCGCAGACACGUAUGCGGGGCAUCGCGCGGGCGGUGCCAGCAGCAUGCGGACAGUGCGCAGGCAGGGCGCGCGGUGCGCGGGCAGGGCGUCGGCGGUGCAGGCAGCCCGCAGACAGUUUGCGGGCGGGGCAAGUAGCGCGCGGGCAGCAAAUGAAGCGCACGGGCGGUGCAGGCAGCGCGCGGGCACUGCAGGUGGCGUGCGGGCAGCGGGCACAGCGUGCAGGCAGGGCGCGCGGCGAGCUCAGGCGGCGCGCGUGCAGGCAGCGCGAGCAGGGCGCGAGCAGCGUAGCGUGCGGGUCGUGCGCUGGGCAGCAAGCGGGCAGCACGUGGGGUCGCACAUGCAGGGUAGCGUGGCAUGA